GCAGGCGAUUGGAGCACAGCGCGGGGGUGAGGACGCCCGCCGUCAGCAUACACGCUGCCCUACUCAACCAUUAACCUGUCAUUUCAAGACAUAUCAGGCUUUUUUUGAGCGCAAAAUCGAGGUGAAUAUCCAGGACGCCGUAGCUCGCCGAUUUGAGGACGAUUUUUAAUUCUUGAAGAAGCGUGUCCGAGUCCGAGACGGGAAGACAUGGCCACGACUACAUGUACGCGCUUCACGGACGAAUAUCAGCUGUACGAGGAGCUGGGCAAGGGAGCGUUUUCAGUGGUGCGACGAUGUGUGAAGUUGAGCACGGGCCAAGAAUAUGCCGCCAAAAUCAUCAACACCAAAAAACUCUCCGCGAGAGACCAUCAGAAGCUGGAACGAGAAGCUCGAAUCUGUCGUCUGCUGAAACACCCCAAUAUCGUUCGUCUGCAUGACAGUAUAUCAGAGGAGGGCUUCCACUACCUACUGUUUGAUUUGGUGACUGGAGGUGAACUGUUUGAAGACAUUGUAGCCAGAGAGUACUACAGCGAAGCAGAUGCCAGUCACUGUAUCCAUCAGAUUCUAGACAGUGUCCAUCAUAUUCACCAACAUGACAUAGUGCACAGGGACCUGAAGCCAGAAAAUCUGCUCUUGGCCAGCAAGUGUAAGAACGCCGCUGUGAAACUGGCCGACUUUGGACUGGCCAUUGAGGUGCAGGGAGACCAGCAGGCAUGGUUUGGUUUUGCAGGGACACCAGGUUACCUGUCCCCCGAGGUGUUGAGGAAGGAAGCAUAUGGCAAACCGGUGGACAUCUGGGCUUGCGGUGUGAUUCUGUACAUUCUGCUGGUUGGAUAUCCACCUUUCUGGGACGAGGAUCAGCACAAACUUUACCAGCAGAUCAAAGCAGGAGCUUAUGAUUUUCCAUCUCCAGAAUGGGACACAGUUACUCCUGAAGCCAAAAAUCUCAUCAAUCAAAUGCUAACCAUAAACCCUGCCAAGAGAAUCACUGCACAGGAAGCUCUCAAACACCCAUGGGUCUGCCAACGCUCUACCGUGGCUUCCAUGAUGCACAGACAAGAGACUGUGGAAUGCCUGAAGAAGUUCAACGCCAGGAGGAAACUCAAGGGGGCCAUCCUCACCACCAUGCUUGUGUCACGAAACUUCUCUGUGGGUAGCAGGCAGACCACGGCUCCGACCUCGGUCACUGCGGCUGCGGCUGCAGUAGCCGCGGCUGCAGGCACCACAGCAGGGCUGGUGGAACAAGCAGCCAAGAGCUUGUUGAACAAAAAAGCAGACGUUAAGAAGCGGAAGUCGAGUUCUACCAUUCAGUACAUGCCCCAGACAAACAGCACCAAAAACAGCAUAGUCACCAGUCCCAAGGGAAACCUCCCCUCUCCUGCACUGGAGGCACAGACCACUGUCAUCCAUAAUGCAGUGGAUGGGAUUAAGGAGUCAUCGGACAGCAGUAAUGCCACAGUGGAGGAUGAAGAAAUGAAAGGAAAGCUUGUAGAUAACAGUUCAGUUCAGUCAAACCCCAGCAGCCAGCCUGACUCCGCCCACUCGCCUCCAGGCCCCUCCCCCGCUCUCUUCACUGCAACUAAGUUCACUGAUCUAUUGGGUGUGGUACGUCGGGGCUCGGUGCCCACAUCUGAUGGUGAGGGGGGAAGCACUAUCACUCCAGCUGUUGUUUCUGCCCCCUGCACUCCCCAGACCCCCAGCAUUCCCACACAGAUGUCACGUUUGACUGAUCUAGUGAGCAGUGUGCGCAGACCUACGGCCCCUCAUACAGACAGCGAGCCAUCGGCAGCCAGCAGACCCCUUACUGCCCCAAUAUCUGCCCCAACACACCCCUCCCCUUCCCCUGCCCAACCGUCCUCCAGCCCCCUGCCGUCAGCACAUUCACGCAAACAGGAGAUCAUCAAAAUCACCGAGCAGCUUAUUGAGGCUAUCAACAAUGGCGACUUUGAAGCCUACGCUAAAAUCUGUGACCCUGGACUCACCUGCUUUGAACCCGAGGCCUUGGGAAACCUGGUGGAGGGGAUGGACUUCCACAGAUUUUACUUUGAGAACUUGCUGUCUAAGAACAGUAAGCCCAUCCACACCACCAUCCUCAACCCUCACGUGCACCUGAUUGGAGAGGAGGCCGCCUGCAUCGCCUACAUCCGCCUCACGCAAUAUGUGGACGGGCAGGGCCGGCCGCGCAGCAGCCAAUCGGAGGAGACGAGGGUGUGGCACCGUCGAGACUCCAAGUGGCAGAAUGUCCAUUUCCACUGUUCGGGAGCUCCAGCAGCCCCUCUGCAGUGAAGGUUGAGCUCAUUGUAAUCACAUCUAACAAGAGUGCCCAGCCAGACAUGGAGAGUGCAAGAGUGAAAGAGAGAGAGUGAGGGAGGGGGGAAGUUGGAGAGAGAGAGAGGGAGGAAGGAAAGCGAAGCCCAGUGAUGGGUGGCUGUGAGUCUGCAGCGCCUGACCCUCCCACACUGGGCCCCGCCCCCUCGCCUGUCAAUCACCUCACCCGCCAAUCACUUCUGUGCAUCAUCGUCUUUUGUCUUACCUUCAACUUUACCCCAUCCCUCGCUCCCAGACACCGUCCCUGUAUCUUUACACCCGUGCAGAGACUCCCUUUGUUGUGCACAUGUGCUGUGUGGAGUUGGACAGUCUUUGAUUAGUACGGAUAAUAAGGCCUCAAUGAGUCGUCUGUGAAAUGCCAUGCUUUUCCGUCGCACCUUCCCAGUGUGAAUAUUGUUACACUGAUUCGCCGUCCUUACUUACAGUGUGUAGAUUUUCAAUAUCGUUGUUAUUAUUAUUAUUAUUAUUAUUAUGAUUGCUAUUGUUCUUACUGUUGUUAUUAGUAUUAAAUACAAAGGCAAUUGUACGUGUCACUUACACAAUUCACGUUCUGGAUGCCAAUGAUUUUUAAUUUAUGCCUUUUCUUUUCACAACGUUUUUUGGUUUAUUUUUAUUUUUUGGAGAGCAUGAUUUUUUUUUUUUCCGUGUAUCUGAAGCGGCCCGGGUUAUGUGGAGAAAUAAGGGCCGCCAUUUAUGUACAGGCUUCUCAAUGUGAUUCACAUCCAACCGACGCGUCCGUCCAUGUGUUUAAACGUUAGUGGACAUGUUGGUGUGACUGUUUUGGGGCAGAUUCUACCAGAGCCUGAUCAAGAACGAUGUGACAUUUGGGGUCUUCCAGCUUUAUUUCUUGCAUCAUUAGCGCAGAUUUAUAAUAAGAAUAAAUCCGCAGAUUUCCUAUGAGUUGGUGAAAUUUAUAUUGGAUUAACAACUCGUUGUUCUGGAAAGCCACAAUCGUGCUUUAUAUGUAACCCGUGACACCAGUUGCAACGUUAGUAUUAGAUAUUAGUGUUGCGUUUUUUUUUUUUUUUUUGUUACUUCUUCAGCUGAGCCAGCGGUGUUAGAAUAGCGCCCUUACAGUUGGACUGACCGAAUCAAUCUAAAAGCCAUACAUCAGCCGAUCUUUCAGUAGGCAUACGAGACGACCACCUCAUUUAUGCGUUUUCUCAGAACAGGGGAAGAUGUGGACAUCCAAUGACGACUAUUGUAUCUCUACACUAGUCACAGUGGAGGUUCAAAACCAUCGGAGGCCGUUAGGGAGCAGCUGAUCGGAGGAACUUGAGAAAUUUGUUUAAAAAUGAACAUUUCUGUGAUUUUUAAAAGUUAAAGUAUUUGCUCUUACGCGUUUAUUGCUCUUAUAUUUUCGCAACACAUGCUAUUUGACUUGCUAUUACUUGUUCUAUUUUUGAGAGUUUAUAUAUAUUUUGUUUGUCAUCUGUGUGUGAGACUUUUAAAGAGAGUGACGAAUUUGUGACCCUGGAUCCUUUUUAAAGUGCGUCCAGACUUUGGAUGGGCAAAGUGCAAGGUGUGUGAAAACUUUCGAAGGAUGAAGAGGUUUAAAUUUAAAAUCGGCAGCAAUAGUUUUAUAUUUCAGAAGAUGGUGAGAUGUAGUUUACGAAGUAUACUUCGCAACUUUAUGCUGGUUUCAGUCUACUUUUUGAAGGGAUGGUAAUUGCGGUGAACUGACGCGUCAGUGUGACAUCAUCACCCGGUCAUGUGACUCGUUUUAUUGACCUUAUAUAUUGAUUGUGUCCUCAGGUUGUAUUUAUUUAUUUGACUACAUUAUCGCAAAUUCUUACGUGCUUCUUAAGUGAUGAUGUUUGAACACAAUAGCUUUGAGCCGCGUCAUAUCGAUGAUGACUACUGAUCUUUUGAUGUUAUUGUUUGAAAGCAAUCGUUCGAAGCGCCUCUCAGACAGAUGGAAAGAGGUGAUCUCUUACAAUCCAAUCAAAAUACUUCUCUCAAACGAAGCGACCCCGCGAGGCACGUGUCUGUGUGUUUGUGCUCCGGUGUUCUGCUUCUGUUACGGUUGCGUCUCGUUCUUGGAUGCUUUUUCAUUCAAUACUUCACCUAUGUUUAUACGAGUCAUCAAAGUUCUACGUCUGUCCGCUCCCUAAUUUAAAAAAAAAUAAAUAAAUCACAAAAAACUAAACAGCAUGUAAAAAGUGUACUGUUCUCUGUGUGUUUAGCAAUGAAAUAAACAUGUUAACGAGUAAAAAGUGCACAUCACUAUUAAAACAGGACACACAGUAUUGAAACUGCAGAUUACUUGCAUUUCAGCUGGAAUUUCUUUGCAUGACAGUCACUUGAACACUAGGUUUGGUGUUAUCUUUUUGAUUACAUUUUUUUCUAUUGAAUGCUGGUUUACCUAAACCUUUCUCUUAUCUGUUUUACCAGCUUUAAGUGCAUAUAUAUAUAUAUAUAUAUAUUAGUAUAUAUAUAUAUAUAUAUAUAUAUAUAUAUAUAUAUAUAUAUAUAUAUAUAUAUAUAUAUAUAUAUAUAUAAAAUAUUUUUGUCCCAAAAUGAUGCUGACAAAAGCAGUGUAAAUGACGAAGACUAUAGCUACGAAAUGUCGAAGAUAUUAAGAUUAUGGAAAUGGUGAUAUUUCUACGGCAUGCUUUUGUAUUAAGCUCAUUGUUGUCAAAGCAGGGUGACUGAUAUUUAUAUUAACGACUAUAAGAUUACUCAUUAGUAUGGGACUGCUUGACUUCAGAGAAGCACUUGCAAUAUUAGCUAAAUAUGCAUGGGUUUUUGGAAAUCACUUUUAGCUAAAUUUGUAUCGGCAGUGACACAGUUCUGCUGUUUGUGCUUUGCGAAUAUUCACCGAACCCGAAUGGCCAAUAAAACCGUGGAUUGUUUCUAACUUCUAUCGGUAUUUCGUUACUAAUUUAAUAAUUAAAGCUCAGUAGAUCCAGAGUUUUUCUACCUGCACCGACAGCGCCGUCCGUCUUUUAGCACAGGGCUGUUUCCACUCCAUUCGUCAUAUCGUUUCUGUGAUUGGAAACAGUACCUACCGGAUAGUUUCUCUGAAGUUGAGUUUUCUCACAGUAGCCCUCUGUUAGUUUUGUUUUUUCUGUAUAAGAUAAUAUUCUCUUUGAUUUCUGAUGAUUCUUACUUGUGUUAUUGCUAUGUUCUCCAACAUGCUCUGUGUAUUCCCUGACUUAAGCAAAUGUGUUCAAAACAUAAAUAAAUGAGAUGAUUUAAAUACUGAA